AUGAAGAGGAUUCGCAGGGGUACUACGGAAGCUUCAUCAUCCCGACCUAAUAGACAGCGUCCCACGGCCUCAGCGAGGAGACAGAGAGCGGCUCCCCCAGAUCACAUUGAGGAUACUAUAGAGGUUGAAGAUGUAGCUACUACUCAGGAUAGUAAUGUUGAGGUACAUGCCGAGCCUACUGAGCCAUCUCAGAUAGGUCUCAUUGAUCCAUAUUUACUUACGAGUUUUAAAACUCACAUAGCAGCUGCAAUUUGGAAUAACCAGGAAUACACAGAUUCAGAGGAGUACAUCAUGUAUUCGGCCAGAGCAUAUUUGCUAUAUCUCUUGGGUUGCACUUUGUUUAUUGACAAGACUGGCACAAGAGUCCAAAUUGUGUACCUUAGACUACUUAGAAACCUUGAUAGUGUUGCUGGUUAUUCAUGGGGUUCUGGGUGCUUAGCAUGGUUGUAUAGACAAUUAGGCCAAGCUUCGAGGUCUAAGGUGAAGCAGAUUGCUGGGUACAUGACUUUGCUGGAGGCAUGGGUGUAUGAGCACAUACAUGUCUGGUGA